AGGAAAUUAAGAGAGAAACCUAGCUAAGAUGAGAGAGACUACCAUGAAUAAUUGGGUUUUCAUGUUAAUCGGGCUCUUUCUCCCCUCCUUCAUACUGCUGGCUGAAAUUCUGGGUGUGGAGGGGCUGGCAUGCAACUGGGGACUGCAAGCAUCCCACCCCCUUCCAGCCAACAUAGUGGUGAAGCUGAUGAAGGAGAAUGGGUUUAACAAAGUGAAGCUCUUUGAAGCUGACCCCGCUGCUAUGAAGGCCCUUGGCAAGUCCGGCAUCCAGGUUAUGGUUGGCAUACCCAAUGAGCUGCUGGCUCCCCUUGCCGGCAGUGUUGCAGCUGCUGAGAAUUGGGUGACCCAAAAUGUUUCUUCUUUUGUUUCCAAAUAUGGGGUGGAUGUAAGGUACGUAGCUGUGGGCAAUGAACCUUUCCUCAAGACUUACAAAGACAAAUUUCUACAAACCACAUUACCAGCUCUCCAAAAUAUCCAAGCCGCCCUCAUCAAAGCUGGGUUGGGGCGUCAAGUCAAGGUAACCGUUCCCCUAAACGCCGACGUCUACCAAACGGACACCGGCGUCCCCUCCGGCGGCGACUUCCGGCCGGACAUCCACAGCCUCAUGAUCUCCAUAAUCAAGUUCCUGAGCAACAACGGCGGCCCACUAACCAUCAACAUCUACCCCUUCCUCAGCCUCUACGACGACCCUCAUUUCCCGGUCGACUAUGCCUUCUUCUCCGGCAACGCAACUCCUGUGGUCGAUGGCAGCGUGUCCUACACCAACGUGUUUGAAGCCAACUUUGACACCCUCAUUUCGGCUCUGGAAAAGAACGGCUUCCCGAACUUGCCAGUGAUCGUCGGCGAAAUUGGGUGGCCGACGGACGGCGACUCCAAUGCUAGCAAGGAGCUUGCGAGGAGGUUUAACCAGGGGCUGGUCGACCGGAUAAUUCAAGGCGCAGGAACGCCGAAGAGGCGGACGCCGACGGAUAUAUACAUUUUUGGGCUGAUUGAUGAAGAUGCUAAGAGCAUUAUGCCUGGGAAUUUUGAGAGGCAUUGGGGUAUUUUCAACUAUGAUGGCACCAUCAAAUACUCGCUUAAUUUAGGCAACAACCGGAGACUGGUGCCGGCCAAGGGGGUGAGGUACUUGGCUAGGCAGUGGUGCAUAAUGGCUCCACAGGCGAGCCUUUCGGAUCCAAACCUGCCCAACAGCAUCAACUACGCUUGUACCUACGCCGAUUGCACCACUGUCGGCUACGGCUCUUCCUGCGGCGGAUUGGACGCCAGGAAGAACGCUUCCUACGCUUUCAACAUGUACUACCAGACCAUGAAUCAGCGCAACGGGGCCUGCCAGUUCUCCAACUUAUCCGUCAUCACAACCAUUGAUCCCUCCGAAGUUAACUGCAGGUUCGAGAUCAUGAUCGACAUCGGCAAGCAUGAGAAGGCCAAGAGUCCAACCACUUCCUGGGCUGGAGAAAAUAAGUUUGUCUCAUUGGCAGUGGUGGUGUCAUCUUUGGUCAUUGGGUUUCUGGGUAUAUGAUUGACACUAUCGUCAAGCGAUUGGCCGCAUUUCUAGUCCUUGAUGUUUGUGAUAUUCUAAUGGUUCUUCAAGAUUCUUUCGAGUGUUUUUCUGAUUAAAUCCAUUAAGAUUUUCUUAUUUUUUUAUAUGUCUAGGAUGACGUUUUCCCCCCCUCCCUUUUAUUAAAGCAGAUGUACAGGCUAGUUUUUAUGGGAUUCUGUUCAAUGAUUGGUUCAUCUUCCAUUCGUGAUCUAAAUUCUAAGUU